GGAUAUCCUCCUCCCAGGUCGUCGAAACAACAAACCGAACUACGGAGCAAGCGGGGUGAGAGAACGUCCGAAACCGCCUCUGACCGCGACUUUUAAACUCUUUUAACAGAAUUUCAGUGGGAUUCAGGCGGAAGCUGUCCAACCAUAUUAAAAGUUAAGAUUCUGCUGGGACUAUAUUGCACAACAAGGUCACAUGCACCCUCUCCUGUCUUUUUAUUUUCUGAGGAUAUAAAGCCAGUCAUAAGUUGAAGUUAUCCAGAAGAUGUUACAGAAAUGAUAGCAGCACCAGAAAUACCAUCAGAGUUCACCUAUACUCACCAGGAUACAGAUACCCGAUUCUCUUCAGACACAGACUUCUCUGAGGAACUCGAUGGAAGGAGUGCGACCCCAGCCAAAGGAAAGGGUGGAAGGAAGGGGAAGAAAGCAGCAGGGGAGAAAGGCAAAGGCGGGAAGGGAGCGGGCCGGUUAAAUGGCCACCACCAAGAGAAUGGCAUGGAGAACAUGAUGCUGUUUGAGGUGGUGCGGCUGGGCAGGAGUGCUAUGCAGUCUGUCGUUGAUGAUUGGAUUGAGUCCUACAAAACUGACAGAGAUGUUGCGCUACUAGAUCUCAUUAAUUUCUUUAUCCAGUGCUCAGGAUGUAAAGGUGUGGUCAGCGGAGAAAUGUUUCGAAACAUGCAAAACUCUGAGAUCAUCCGACGAAUGACAGAAGAAUUUGAUGAGGACAGCGGUGACUACCCUCUAACCAUAGCAGGACCCCAGUGGAAAAAGUUCAAGUCAAGCUUUUGUGAAUUCAUUGCGGUGCUCGUGCGCCAGUGUCAAUACAGUAUCAUCUAUGAUGAGUACAUGAUGGACACAGUCAUCUCCCUCCUCACCGGACUAUCAGACUCCCAAGUCCGAGCCUUCAGACACACCUCAACACUGGCAGCCAUGAAGCUGAUGACAGCCCUGGUGAAUGUAGCUCUGAACCUGAGCAUCAACAUGGACAACACUCAGCGCCAGUACGAGGCGGAGAGGAAUAAGAUCGUGGCCAAAAGAGCUAACGACAGGCUGGAGCUGCUCCUGCAGAAACGCAAAGAGGUGAGGGUGACCACGGCAACUUGCCCCCUUUGUUUAAAAAUACCUGAGUACAUGCCUUUCGCAUUUCAACACACAUCAGAUGAUUCAAAUUCUAAUUGGAUCAGCCCAAUCCCGCCAGAUGUGGGUGAUUUUGAGCUGUGAUUUAGUGGCAACUUUGGCAGGAAGUCA